AUGUGUGGCGCGUUUUCAUACUUUCCAACAAGUUUACACUCAUUCAUAAAGGUCUAUUUUUUGGGCGAUUAUUUUAUUUUCCUAACAUUAGAAAGUUCACCAUUCAUAUCAACGAUUGGUUCACGAAUGAAAACAUCUAUAGUUCAGCAGCCUGUUGGUCUGGUACCCACUACGUACUAUGGCCCUCAACCUAUCUCUUCGUCAUGUGAUAUUUGCAUGAAUAAGAUUACUACAACAGUUCAGUACCGUAAAGGAGUAUGUACUUGGAUGGCUUGUACUGGAAUAACAUUAAUUGGCGGUAUAUUCGGAUGCUGCUUAAUACCAUUUUAUGUGAAUUCAUGCAAAGAUGCUUAUCACAGUUGUCCAGAAUGUGGAACAUUACUUGGAGUUUAUAAACGUAUCUAA